CCUUUGAAAUCCUUGGAGGAACGGUAGAAGAUAGCCGUUAAAUCUUCGUUGUAAAUGGUUCGAGAUAGCCGUGGUGAAAUCUCUGAGUGAAUCCUAUUGGCAAGGGUUGUUUUCCAAACUAGUGUGGUGCUUUGACAGAGUUCAAGAGACCGAGACUUAAUGGAUUCAGAAAUCCUUGAGGAGGAUCCUCGAGCUACGAACCAAACCGACGGGAGAGACGCCGGAGUUCGCCAGAGUGAAAUUCGCCGAUCAACUCAGCCGGAAACAAGAGGAACAUCGCCGGAGUUCUUCGUCGGAAGUUUUACGCCGAUUCGAGGUAAGGGUCAAGGAUUAGACGAGGAGCAACCUGGAGGACAGUGAAGCGUGACGCUGGUGGAUGGCCCGAAGCUGUUUGAAAUUGAAUUGAAUACUUGUUGACUUUUAUUUUGUUAAAUUACAAGAAUGUUUGGCGAUGUUGUUUUAAAGGCUUCCGCAACGUUUGAAUUAUUCACUCCGAUUAUUUAUGAAUUGUUUUUAAAUAAAUGUGAAUUGAUAUU